AUGAAUAUUUCAACAUCUACUUGGGACCCUAUGAUCAUUUACAUUACUGUGCAAAAAUUGGAUUAUGACACGCAUAAAGAUUGGGAAUCCCAUGUGAGUCGUGAGUAUCAAACUGAACUACCUACUUUACAAAAUAUGAUUACCUUCUUGGAUAGUAGAAUACACACAUUAGAGUUAACCUGUUCGCCUUCUUCAAGCUCUCAAAAAUCAUUUAAGACUACAGAACGUUCGUGUCAUUCGUCAGCCGUAAAUAUUAUGUGUAAAUUAUGUAAAGGCCAGCAUCUCCUCUGUCACUGUAAAGAAUUUGUGAAACUUGAUCCAGAGAAGAAAAGUGAAGUCGUCAAGAGCAAUCGAUUAUGCUACAAUUGCUUGUCACCAGGCCAUCCUGUGUAUUAUUGUAAGCAGAAGACUUCUUGUAAGAUAUGUGGAAAGCGACACCAUUCACUUCUUCAUCAUAGUAAAAAGAGAGAAGAUUUUCAGGAUACAGAGAAGAAUGCAACAACACCUGAAAUCUCAAUGAACACGCUUAAUGAACAACAAGAAAAUCUUCUGGAUGAGUCUAUCAUAGUGAACUUCGCACACAAGCAGAGAAGAGCGUUAUUAGCAACAGCGUUGGUUCCGGUCCGGAGUAAGUGUGGCCGGGAGGCUACGCUAAGGGCACUAAUCGAUCCUGGCUCACAAGCGUCAUUUAUAAGCGAGAAUGCAUCUCAACUCAUUAGACUAAAGAAAACUCCUGUCCAGUGCUCAAUCACAGGAAUUGGCAGCACCACAACUCCAGUGCGUUAUGUGGACCAACACAGAGAAGCGGCCGCCGUAUCUUCGCAGGCCAUAGGACUCGCAUCAAACAUUAUCCCUUCAUGGCGAGCGUCCAUUUCUUCGGGCGGUUCCAGUGUGGUGGAUCUAUCCUUCAAAAAGAUCUGCGCUUGGAAUAACCGCUUCUUUCGGGAGAAUCCAGCGUUUCUCUCAGUUCAAGUUGGUUCUGAUUACUACGAAGCCGGUGGUGAAGACAUACCAGUAUUUGAAGUUUAUUUUCAUCCUGACUAUUCUCCGAAAACCCUGAAUAAUAACUUAGCUCUUAUGAGACUAAGUGUACACAUUGUGUUUUCCAAGAUACAUAAAAGUGUCAGGAGGGUACAGUUUGACAGAUCGCCGACCCCAUUGCCUGUUAAUACUGAUGGUAUUGUUAUAGUUGGAUGGGGUGCCAAAGAUAAUGAUCUUGGAGGUCCAGGCUUAUCGAAUGGUAUUUUAGUUGGUGUGAUCAGUUUUGGACCACCAACCUGCGGUACUCCUGACGCUCCUACAGUUUUCACCAAAGUUGGCUUCUACAAGGAUUGGAUUGACGAGAUUAUAAAAAUGCCCGUGCCCGCUGUUAAUAGACUGACAACAUUACGACAACCUAAAAGAACAAUUGCUAUGCAUUACUCAGAUAGAACCACAAGGACAUUCAAACUCACACCAUUCCGUGAAUUUGCAAAAGAAUACACUAGCGCCCCUUAUAAUAUUAGAAUGAAUUUACCAAAAGAUACUCUCAGAAUAUUAGAAGAUGGCAAACUUUUUAAAGAGUUUUUAUCCAAUAUGUUUGGAAAUAAUGUAUCUGAACAUGAAGUUUCCAAUUUGUCUAAGGUAAAAACAAAAAAAGAUGCCGGAAGAAAAGUGAAAUCUAAAUUAAAGACUUCCACUAGCGCAGCACAUUCAAUAUUACCCGACAUUGAAGAAGAUAUUGGCGAUGAUGUUUCAGAUUUCGCUGAGGUCAAAACUAAUUCGAAUACUUCCGCUAGUAUACCACCUCUAUUAUACGAUAAUGGAGAAAGCGGGGCUGAGUCGAUUGAGAUAAAAAAGAAAAAAAAUCGUGAACGCAAAUUGAAAUCUAAAUCAACCACUACCGCAAGAACAUCAUUAAUGCUAUAUGAUUACAAUGAUGGUAUUUCUGAUUUGACUGAAGUGAAAACUAAAAAAGUAGCUGAAAGGAAAAGGAAAAUUUUAUCAACGAUAUCAUCUAGUACAGAACUUCCAAUAUUAUACGAUGUAACUGUAUAUAAAGACCAAAACUCAAAGGAAAAUAAAGACAAUACGGAAGAAUUUGAACUAAAUAGUGACGUACUAAAUGAAGGUACCAAACAAAAUAAAGGGAAGAACAACGAAAAUUAUUCAAAAUUUAAUACAGCAACAAUUAAACAGACCGAUGACGAUAUAAAAGACCUAGAUAUUGAAGAGUUAAUGAGGGCAAUCAUUGAAACAAAUACAGAUACAAAAAAUCUACAGGAAAGUAUUCUUGAAGCGGAUAGUAAUGAUCAGGACUUAAAUUUAGACAAUCAUAUAAGAAAAUUUAAAACAACAAAAACUAAACAAACUUUUUCAACUACACGAUCCCCAUUACAACAACCCGAUGAAGAAGAAUACGUAGAUGAGUAUGAUGAAAAAUAUCAAUCUAAAAUGAAAACCACUGAUGAAACUGAUAACACAGUAAAUAAUGCAAUGGACAACACUGAAGAUUCAACAUUGGAAAAGGACAUAAACGAUCUUCUUGACCACUUAGAUUUACGUAAACUCUUGGAAUCUGAAGAAUCCGCGCGGCUUCAUACGGAGAAAAAUAAAAAAGAUACGCAAGACAUACAGAAACCGAAACCAAGAACUGUUUUAGGGGACAAGAAGAAUGAAAAAUUAAAAGCAAAAGAAGCUCAAAUUGCCUCAUACUCUUAUGAAAUUACGGGAGAAAAUAGUGGAGAAGUAGAUUUUGAUGCUUAA